UCCAACGAUCUCAAGUACGAUGCGGAGCGCGACCUGCGGGACAUCGCCGCCCCUGGCAUCGCGGUGCACGCGCUGAGCAAGAUCAAGUACGGCGACAAUACUACCUCAGAGGGCGUCCUCUUCGCCACCUACUCCGCCCUGAUCGGGGAGAGCCAGGCAGGUGGGCAGCACCGCACGCGCAUCCGGCAGAUCCUGGAGUGGUGCGGGGAGGCCUUUGACGGCGUGAUUGUGUUUGACGAGUGCCACAAAGCCAAGAAUGCCAGCUCCACCAAGAUGGGCAAGGCCGUGCUGGACCUGCAGAACAAGCUGCCCCUGGCCAGGGUGGUCUACGCCAGUGCCACAGGUGCCUCUGAGCCCCGGAACAUGAUCUACAUGAGCCGCCUGGGUAUCUGGGGCGAGGGCACGCCCUUCCGGACCUUCGAGGAGUUUCUGCAUGCCAUCGAGAAGAGGGGUGUGGGCGCCAUGGAGAUCGUGGCCAUGGACAUGAAGGUCAGCGGCAUGUACAUUGCACGCCAGCUCAGCUUCUCCGGCGUCACCUUCCGCAUCGAGGAGAUCCCGCUGGCCCCGGCCUUCGAGCACAUCUACAACCGGGCGGCCCUGCUGUGGGCCGAGGCCCUGGGCGUGUUCCAGCAGGCAGCCGACUGGAUCGGCCUGGAGUCGCGCAAGUCCCUGUGGGGCCAGUUCUGGUCGGCCCACCAGCGCUUCUUCAAGUACCUAUGUGUUGCCGCCAAGGUGCGCCGGCUGGUGGAGCUGGCCCGGGAGGAGCUGGCCAGGGACAAGUGCGUGGUUAUCGGGCUGCAGUCCACGGGUGAGGCGCGUACCCGGGAGGUACUGGGCGAGAAGGAGGGCCAGCUUGAUGGCUUCGUGUCCGCUGCCGAAGGCGUCUUUCUGUCGCUAAUUCAGAAGCACUUUCCUUCAACCAAGAGGAAGCGAGAGAGAGGACCGGGCAGUAAGCGGAAAAGGCGGCCGCGGGGCCGUGGGGCCAAGGUGCCCAGGCUGGCGUGUGAUGCAGCGGGCGUGAUCCGCGUCAGUGACGACAGCAGCACGGAGUCGGACGGCGGCCUGGACAGCGACUUCCACUCCUCCCCCGAGUCGCUGAUGGACGAUGACGUGGUCAUCGUGGACGCCAUCGGGCUCCCGGCCGACGACCGUGGCCCCCUGUAUCCCCCACCGCGGGACCUGCACAGCUCUGGUGUCCUGGAGCGGGUGGAGCGGCUGAAGCAGGACCUGCUGGCCAAGGUGCAGGUGCUGGGCCGGGAGCUGCCCGUCAACACCCUGGAUGAGCUCAUUGACCAGCUCGGGGGUCCGGAGUGCGUGGCAGAGAUGACCGGCAGGAAGGGCCGCGUGGUGUCCAGGUCCGACGGGACGGUGGCCUUCGAGUCCCGGGCGGAGCAGGGCCUCUCCAUCGACCACGUGAACCUCAGGGAGAAGGAGCGCUUCAUGAGCGGAGAGAAGCUCGUGGCCAUCAUCUCAGAGGCCUCCAGCUCCGGCAUCUCCCUCCAAGCCGACCGCCGGGUCCCGAACCAGCGGCGCCGGGUGCACAUGACGCUGGAGCUGCCCUGGAGCGCCGACCGGGCCAUCCAGCAGUUUGGCCGGACCCACCGCUCCAACCAGGUCUCCGCGCCCGAGUACAUCUUCCUCAUCUCAGAGCUGGCCGGGGAGCGCAGGUUUGCCUCCAUCGUGGCCAAGCGGCUGGAGAGCCUGGGGGCUCUGACCCACGGGGACCGCCGAGCCACCGAGUCCCGUGACCUGAGCAAGUACAACUUUGAGAACAAGUACGGCGCCCGGGCGCUCAGCUGCGUCCUCACCACCAUCCUAAGCCAGACAGAGAGCAAGGUGCCGCUGCCCCAGGGCUACCCCGGAGGGGACGCUGCCUUCUUCCGUGACAUGAAGCGGGGGCUGCUGUCGGUCGGCAUUGGCGGGCGCGAGUCCCGGUCCGGCUGCCUGGACGUGGAGAAGGACUGCUCCAUCAGCAAGUUCCUCAACCGCAUCCUGGGGCUGGAGGUGUACAAGCAGAACACGCUCUUCCAGUACUUCUCCGACACCUUUGACCACCUCAUCGCUGCCGACAAGAAGGAGGGCAAAUACGACAUGGGCAUCCUGGACCUGGCCCCCGGCAUUGAUGAGAUCUACGAGGAGAGCCAGCAGGUGUUCCUGGCCCCCGGGCACCCGCAGGAUGGGCAGGUGGUCUUCUACAAGAUCAGCGUGGACCGCGGCCUGAAGUGGGAGGAAGCCUAUGCCCGGUCGCUGGAGCUGAUGGGUACCCACGACGGCUUCUACCUCUCCUACAAGGUCCGCGGCAACAAGCCCGGCUGCCUGCUGGCCCAGCAGAACCGCGGCAAGCUCUUCACCGUGUACAAGCCCAACAUCGGGCGGCAGAGCCAGCUGGAGACCUUGGACAGCCUGUGCCGGAGGUUCCACCGGGUGACAGCGGAGGAGGCCAGAGAGCACUGGGAGAGCAGCUACACCUUCUCGCUGACGCACUGCAGCCACACCACGUGGAACCGGCACUGCCGGCUGGUGCAGGAGGGCAAGGACUGCGCGCAGGGCCUGAGGCUGCGACACCACUACAUGCUGUGCGGGGCGCUGCUGCGAGUGUGGGGCCGCAUCGCCGCCGUCAUGGCCGACGUCACCAGCAGCAGCUACCUGCAGAUCGUGCGCCUCAAGACCAAGGACAAGAAGAAGCAAGUUGGCAUCAAGAUCCCCGAGGCCUGCGUGCGCCGCGUCUUGCAGGAGCUGCAGCUCAUGGACGCCGAUGUGAAGCGCAGGCAGGCGCACGGCCGUGGUCUCCCCGCGCUGCCGCCCGCCCCACGCCCGCUGGCGCUGCCCUGCGGCCCCGGCGAGGUCCUGGACCUCACGUACAGUCCGCCGGCCCAGGCCUUCCCGCCGCCCUCGCCCUUCGCCUUCCCGGCCCCGGCCCCCGGCCCCGGCGGCCUACUGCUGGGUGCCCCCGACGCCCCGGCUGACCCCGCGGCGCUCCUGCACCAGGGUUGCGACAUCAACUUCAAGGAGGUGCUGGAGGAUAUGCUGCGCUCCCUCAACGCCGCGCCGCCCCCUGAGCCCCCCGGCCCGCUGGGCGCCGGCGGGGGGGCAGCAGGCGUGCCGGAGGGCAGCGGGGGCCCCGAGCGGCAGAGCGUCAUCCAGUUCAGCCCCCCCUUCCCCAACUCCUAGGCCCUGGGGCCUCCUUCCCGCACGAAACUUAUUUAUCUAUAAUAGGCGCCCUGUCUAUACCAGGGAAGCCGGUGGUGAGCAGGGCUAACACCCCUGCGGACUACUGAGAGGAGCAGGCGGGGCCAGGGGCCCUUCGUCCGGCCUCCCGAGGCCUCCACUGCAGUGCCUUCCCGCCGGUGCCUGGGCAGACCCUCGAGACGCUGCCGGCCCUGGGGGUGCCCUCCGAGCCCUGCCCGGUGGGCAGUGGCCAUGCGCAGGCCCCACUCAGGACACUCAGGGGCCAGGCAGGGCCUGGGGUUGGGGUCCUCCUCUGUGCCUCUGUCCUCUGCUGCCCCCCUCCAGGCCGGGGUUGGGGCUCCCAGCCCACCCACCUUACCAGGCCCGGUCAGGCCUGGAUCCCUGAAAUCCACAAAACUGGGUGGCCCCAAGAGCUGGAAACUCAGGAAACCCCAGGUGCUCAGGGCCCCACUGCCUCUGGGGGGCUCCGUGGGGCAGAUCUUCUAUUAAUAUAUGCAACCCCCUCCUUGCUCUCUGUGCCCUAAAUUAUUGCCCAGCCACCUCUCCCAGGGCCUGGAAUCUCCUGCGGAGCUGGUGGGUGGCCCCCUGGUUUCUAUGUGUAUUUAUAAUGAAUUCAAGUGUAUAUAUGUAAAGAGAUCUUUUUUAAAUAUAUGUGCCUUUUCACUACUUCCCAGGC